AUGAAGUACAGCCUCAUCCCGCGGGAGAACCUCGUGCUAAUUUACCAGUAUCUCAUUAAUGAGGGUGUGCUCGUUUGCCAGAAGAGCUCGAAGAUUCCUAUGCAUCCGGAGAUUAACGUGCCCAACUUGCACGUUAUGAUGACCAUGAAGUCGCUCAAGUCGCGCAACUACGUUGUCGAGCACUUCAACUGGCAGCACCUCUACUUCAUCCUCACCGACCAGGGCGUGGAGUACCUUCGCACCUUCCUCUACCUGCCGCCCACGGUGUUCCCCGCCACUCACUCGAAGAAACCGGCGACAAAGGCUGCCAUCAAGGAGGAGGUCGCAUAA